AUGUCCAUGUCCAACUUUUCGCAAGACACCAACUUUGAUUCUGUCACUGCUGUCGCCAUGAGAAUCCGGUUGCAGGUGCUCAGGCAUCAACUGCCGCCGACCAAGGUCUUGUGGAAGGUCGACAGUGCCACGACCACCGCUGAGCUCCUUACGCAGAUCAGCGACUUCUUUCCUCUUGAAGCCGAAGGUUGGGGUCUGGAGGAUUACGCUGUCCACCUUGGUGGCUAUGAGUUGCUGCACUUUCAGCAGUUGGGCGACAUUCUGAAGGAAGACGAUGAGGUCGUCAUCCAACCACUGCAAACCAACGACAUUCGCGCCAGAAACCUCUCGGGCAGACACCAGAUCUCAAGAGACGGCAGACAUCUCGUAGACGGCAUCGCAUUCGGAAGACCUCUACUACGCGCACCCGCCCACGCUCCCAUUCACAUCCCUCCUCGCAAACGCGCCAGGCUCGACCCAUCCCUAGAAGAGUCGGACGCCGCUCUACAAUUGGGCGACUUCGGUCCAUCUCCUUCCGAUCCAGAACCCCGUACACGAACCAAGACUCAGAAGCAUGUCACUUUCAGCCCUGAAUUCCUGCAAGCCGACUACGAGGACAAUGGCGACAUGAUCUUCGACGACUACGAUGAUGAAGACGAUGAGCUCUAUGAUCCUUCCGAUGACGGCUUUGAUUAUAUGGUUCCCGGAGAAGAGAUGGGACUGCUCGAAGAUGGUCGAGCCUCGGUGUCUAGCUCGGACGAAUCAUCCAGCGAUAGCGAUAGCGACAGCGACGACGACGACAGUUCUGACUCUGACGACAAUGACAAGAGUGGCAGUGAUAGUGACGCUCCCUCGGAAGAGCCUAUCAACAAGAACAGCAGCUCCAUCGAAGCACUCUCAAGACUCAAGACGGCCGCUCCACCCGCGAAACAGGCACCAUCCACGAAACAAGCUCCCCCUAGUGAUGGUAAGCAGCGAACUCGUGCUAGGAACCGACGCCGCCGUGAUGCAAAGAAACUCACCUGGCUCAAGUCUAAGGGCCUUCUGCCUGCAGGCGCCACGCGUCAGGAUCUCAAGAAAUGGAGAGAGGAGAACGAAACAAGCCGUGUCUCUGCUUCGGAAUCUGAUUCAGACGACGAGUCUUCCAGCUCAGAUUCCAGGUCCAGCUCCGACUCAGACUCAGACUCUGAAUCUGAGACUGAACAAACAAAGAGAGAGGCCCUCCUGGCUGCCUUGCAAUCUGGUGGUAUCGACGUCAACAACGAUCUGUCAGCUCCCUCAGAAGACGCCGUCAUGAGCGAUGCUGGCCCCAGCAUGAUGUCUGCAACCACAACCAGCACCACUCCGCAGCCAGAAGCCCGUAGAGCCAGGCUUGAUCUUGCGAGUUCCAAUCGUCUUCUCUUCAACUCCCUGGGUGUCCGCGCGCCCAAGAAUGACGCCGACAGACAACGCCUGCAAGCCAAACUCGCUGCUCAAACCACACGCAAGCCAGUCACAAAACCUACGACCGCUGCCGCUUCUGUUGAACAACAAGAAGAGGAAGGUCCUGCCGAUGUUGACGCCUGGAAGUCCAAAAUUUCCCUCUCUGCUGUCGAAUGUGCACCAGGAUCAGAAGAGUAUUACUAUUCGACUCCGCCCUUCCCAUUCUACCAGCGUUGGGACCCUAGUCAACAUACCAAGAAGCGCAAACGCGGCUCCCAGGCCUUCGAUUCCUCCAAGCUACAACGCACUGAGGAAGAGCUCGACAACAGCUAUAGCGAAUACUACAAUGAAGGCGCCGAUGGUGAUGCUCUUAAUUACGGCGACGAUGAAGACGAAACUGCUGGUGCAGCGCAGGAAGCUGAUCAGGAAGCCGCUACCGCGCAACUCCUGGCAGAGUCGUCGGACGCCGCCGACUUGCCACCUCUACCAUCCGAUCUUUCCACCUUGCCCCUCUUGACAACAGAAACCACACUUCCCGGCGCCAUCAUCACCUUCACGCAAUUCGAAGUCUCGGCCGCUACCAACUGGGCACCUGCCAUGUCUCCUGUGCGCACUGCUUCCAUCCAACACAUUUCCGAUGAUAAGAGCUUGGGAUUGCAGUUAGCCAAGCGCGAUAUUCCCGGUCGUAAAUAUGACAAUCAAGGUCGCAGACUCUUUGACAAGUUUGAAAUGAUCACUGGUGAUGAAGAGGACGAUGAUGCCGAUGAUGGCUUCUUGGAGGUUGAGCUGGGUGAGUUGAUCGAUCCCAGACUACUUCAGGCUGCUGGUGCUGUUGAGAAUGGUGCUGAGAAUGAGGAGAAGUAG